AUGGUUCUCUCUGGAACAACAUUUUCUUCAGCCGUUAGGUUUCUUCAAUAUGAAAAGGUCUAUGAUAAAUCCAUUGAUCCAAACGUUCCUCUUCUUGAACAGAAAAUAACCAGCUAUCAGUAUGUCGAAGGCGCACCCCAAUCGGUAAAACUUCCAAAUUCGCAAUCACCCGGAUAUUCCCAUGUAUUUCGCAAUGCCCACUCUCCAGAAAAGCUCAUCACAUCCCCCCACCCCAGCAUCAACACCGUUAAAGACUUCCUAGAAUCUACUGUCCAACUUUACCCAGACGCCCUUUCUUUGGGAGAACGCAAAUAUAGCCCAGAAACUAAAACAUGGUCCCAGUAUGAAUUUCAAACAUUUGCACAGAUCAAAGAACGGGUCAUCAAUCUAGCCUCCGGACUGGUUUCAGUGGUGGAAAGUCAAAUCCAUGGAGCACCCCAUCCCGACAAGGAACAAUACAAUGUAGGGUUUUACGGACCAAAUACUCGCAAUUGGUUUAUUGCUGACAUGGCCUGCGUCUAUUCCAAUAUCUGUAGCGUGGCCCUUUACGAUACCCUUGGCAAAGAUUCAAGCGAAUAUAUCAUCAAUCUAACUGAAAUGCCAGCCAUCUUUGUGUCUAUUGCUCACGUUCCCUUUUUGCUUUCAAUUAAAAGUCGACUACCACAUCUUAAGAUAAUCAUAUUGCUCAAUGAUUUUCACAACAUUGAAGGCUUACCUAAAAAUAUACAAAAAAUUGCCAACCGUGAAGAUCUUACUGCCAAAGCGAAAAAGGCAGGUGUUGUUCUUUAUGAUUUUUCUGAAGUUGAAAGUAUUGGAAAGAGGACUCCUAGAACAUUAAAAGGACCUUCUCCAGACGAUGUUUUUACUCUUAAUUUCACGUCUGGAACCACAGGUAAUCAUCCUAAAGGUGUGAUUUUAACACAUGGAAAUGUUGCCGCUGGAAUGACAAACUCUAUAUAUAAAGAUGCACUCUCUUCGACAGAUCAACAAUAUUAUUUAUCCUUUUUACCAUUAGCACAUAUAUAUGAACGUCUUAAUCUUCAUAUGUUUACUCUAAAGUGCUUUGCUGUCGGCUUUAUUCACGGUGAUGUUGUUACUUGUCUUUUCGAUGACAUUAAAGCUAUCAGACCCCAUUUUAUUUGCGGUGUGCCUAGAAUUUGGAACAAACUAGCAGCCCAGCUCCGAACAACAACGCUUGAAGCACCAGGAGACGUUGGAGAAAUUUCUCGCAAAGCAUACAGUGAAAAACUAAAAGUUCUUAAAAGUUCGGGAGAUGUUAGAAAUGAAUUAUGGGACCCGAUGUGGACCGAUAAAAUAAGACAACAAGUAGGGUUUGACCGCACAGCCACCAUUGCAAGCGGUGCAGCACCUCUUUCUAAAGACAACAUUGAUUUCCUUAUGUGUGCACUUGGCGUGGAUCUUCUACAAGGCUACGGGCUUACAGAAACGUGCAGUGGGUUUGCUGUCUCUAAAAGAGGCGACCUUGUUCAUGGAUCCAAUGGUCCUGUGGCUCCAAAUGCUGAGAUCAGGCUCAGGAGUUUACCAGAACUAGGUUACAGCGUUAAUGAUUCCCCAGAUCCACGCGGCGAAAUAAUGAUUAGAGGUCCGCAAGUGUUCCGAGGGUACUACAAAAACGAACAGGAAACACUUAAUAGUUUUGAUGCAGACGGGUGGUUCCAUACUGGCGACGUUGGUCGCAUCGAUUCGAUGGGGAGAAUAUUUAUUGUUGACCGCGUAAAGAAUAUGUUUAAGCUUGCACAAGGAGAAUACGUUGCACCGGAACGACUUGAAGCUCUUUACUCAUCAUCAUCGUCUCUCAUUUCGCAAAUCUUUUUAGAUGGGAACUCUCACGAAAGAUACCUUGUUGCAAUCAUUGGCGUAAACCCUGAACCAUUCUCCACUUUUCUUAAUCACCAUUUUGGGAUAUAUGUAAAUCCCAAAGACUUACCCGCAAUUAAAACCAAAUUUUCUAGAAAAGAUGUCCGUAAAGCAUUUUUAACCAAAAUUAAUGACGAAGCACGACAAGCGGGAGUUCAAGGUUUCGAAGUGCCUAAAAACUUAGCCUUGUUUUUGGAACCUUUGUCGUUUGAAAAUGGAACUUUGACACCUACAAUGAAGCUGCGUCGCAUUCCGGCACGCAAGUUUUAUGAAACAACCCUGAAGGAUCUUUAUAAAGAAGGUCCCCUGGAAGAAAACCCCCUUAGACAUUUACUGUAA